AGGACAAUAUAUGCAGCAGCACGGUUCAAAUAUCCCACGAAGCGCCGAUUCUCAACGAGGUCAUCCACAUUCAAAUUCCAGGGGAAGACAGAGGAAUAGGCCAAGGAAGAACCCGCAACCACAAGCUGGAAGCAUACAAACUCAACAGAGCCAAAAUGUAAUCUCACAGUCUCCUGCAAUGUCACAAUCUCCGGCGAUGUCACCUCCUCCGGCAAUGUUGCCGUCGCCCGUUGUCUCGCAGCCACCUGGACUGAAUCCCGCUACUCCAGAAUUCCAGCCAUCCAGCUUCGCCCCAGAUCAGUAUCCUCCAGGCCCCAGCUAAGCAACUAACAGUACAACGGUUAUCUGACACGCUAGUGGAGGUUUAAUAGCAGCCAACUGUACAGCCGUUUUCUAUUGUUAAUGCAUGCUAUACUUACAUGCUAAUUUUCUGUAUUGAUAUUCCUGCGU